AUGUUACUCAAUCUAGGCAGUGGAGAUCCGUCAUUGUAGGCUAUCAUACCAGGUAUAGUAGGCAACGUUUUUUUCACUUACUACUUUUGCACUUGAUAGGGAAGCUAAGCAAAUGUCAUCUUUGUGUAUCGUUAACGGUAAAAUGCGAACUGUUACAGAUAAUAGUGUAGCUACAGCGGCUACACUGUAGUCCAAAAUAAUUGCAAGCCAAACCUCUAUAGCCUAGCUACAGCGGCUACACUGUAGUCCAAAAUAAUUGCAGGAUACGCCUCUAUAGCCCUCUGCGUCUGGGUUGUAAAAAUGGGACCUUGUCUUCUGACUAGGCUACUGCAUAUCCAUUGUAAAGGGUGAAAAGCCUCCUAAAGUUGAACAUGUGUCUUUGCUCUCUCUGUCCCUCAGUCUAUAUGAUUCCUGGAAAGGUUAUAUCAGAGACCGUAAAAAACAGGGUUAUAUACGUGAAUUUGACUUACAUCACUAUCUCACGAGACACACGUAACAACCAAAGACUGUGGUAACAACGUAGUAGUCACAUGACAGUUGCAGUUUGAGUAACCCAGCUGACAAUAGAAAGCAAUAGUAAUGGUGUCUUGUCUAGGCAUUAAGUCUGCCAUGGUUCGUUAAACAAAGCCUAUUGGAAAAUGAAUGGAGUUUUUGUAGGGUUUUUGGAUAAACGCUGAAAAUAAGGUCUGUGGUAAACACAGGUUUAGGAGAUCUUACGUUUUGUUCUAUGAGAUUACCUUCAUCAGCUAACAACUUUUUGUGAAUUUUGAAGCAUUUAUUUAAUACAAAAAACAACGCACAUAAAGGCUUUAUAAUUAUUAAAGAUCAUGCUCUGACUGAUAUUUUCUCACAGAACAAAACGUAUAAGAUCUCAUAUGCCUGUGUUAAUAUUAUAAUAUUUCACAUUUAGCGGACGCUUUUAUCUAAAGCGACUUACAUUCAUGCGUGCUACAUUUUAAGUAUGGGUGGUCCCGGGAAUCGAACCCACUACCCUAGCGUUACAAGCAGCAUGCUCUCUCUACCAACUGAGCUACAAAGGACCUCAAACCGUGUUUUUGGCAUUUAUUCCAAAACCAUUUUGCCAAUAGGAAUGGCUGAUCGAACCAGAGGUAAAUCAUUUCCGGGUUUUUUUGGGCUACAGUCCAAAGUGAGCUCUAAGGUGUCAGAUGGGGUGGGAUGGGAUAGGAGGAGGGGGUUUAGGAAUGGAGUUGCUCACGUUUACAUACAAACAGACUGCAGAAUUGAUGUGUGGCACAGGAGCACCAGUCUACGACUUGUACGAGUAUUUAAAUGACGAUUUACAGUCCCGCCCUUAGUUGUUGACACCCCCGAAACACCAAACACACAUACACACCUUCUAGACCUUGGGUGCGUCCCAAAUGGUGCCUUAUUUCCUACUUUUGAACAGAGCCCUAUAAGGAAUAGGGUGCCAUUUGGAACGUAGGCCUUGCGUAGACCUUGCGUAGCCUGAGGAAGUCAGAUAGCAGACACACACCCCACACAGGGCUGGCCCUGAGAAGGGCGGUACAGAUAAGUUACGCAGGCAGGCCAACUGUCAGGGAAGCACCCUACUAAGGUAGUUGGUCACUCCAUCGCAGGCUGCAGAGAUGUAAGCACUCGUGUAAACCCUCUCUCUCGCACGCUCUCUCUUUCUCUCGCUCUCUCCCAUUGUGUAGCCAAAUUCAUAUUUUUCCUUUGUUUUUCCCCCUAAUGGCUCCUCAAUUGUCAUUCAUCUUCGCUGUUACAGAGAUGCAAGCUCCCUGCCAUCUCUCUCUCUCUCGCUCUCUCUCUCUCUAUCUCUAUCACUAUCUCACUCUCACUAACUCUAGCCUGAUUCAUAUUUUUCCCUUAUGACUGCCUUAUUCUCAUCCAUCCCCUCUCUUUCUGUAGGGGUGUGUGUGUAUCCUUACCAGAUCCUGUCAUGUCAGCCCAGCCUGCUCCGGAGCAGGGUGGUGUGUUGCUGAACGGUGGCCUGCACGUGAAGAGCAAGAAGGGGCUGGAGGGCGGGGAGGUGGAAGGCCUGCAGGCCCGGGGCCAGUGGGCCAGCAAGGCAGAGUUCCUGCUGGCUGUGGCAGGACAGAUCAUAGGCCUGGGCAACGUGUGGAGAUUCCCCUACCUGUGCUACAAGAACGGAGGAGGUGAGAAACUAAAUUUGAAGGAAAGACGCUACCACAGAUGUCAGAGCUAACUGUACUCUUUUAAUCAUAACAUUCAACAUUAAGUUGAAUGCACCAAUUUGUAAGUCGCUCUGGAUAAAUGAUGUAAAUGUAAAUGUAUAACGUCAAUGGAACAAUACAGAAAGUGGGCGCCAUAAAUUAACCCUAGGGUCAACCACUGUAACAAUAACAUCUUGCGUGACUGUCCUACUGUACAAGUAUUGUUGCAAAAGUAUUCACCUUCUGUUCUUUUGUUUAGGCAAGCCUAAAUUAGUUCAGGAGUAAAAUUUGGCUUAAGAAUCACAUAAUAAGUUACAUGGACUCACUCUGUGUGAAAUAAUAGGGGUUGACUUGAUUUUGUAUGACUACCCCUUCCUCUGUCCCCCAUACAUUCAACAUAUGUAAGGUCCCUCAGUCAAGUAUUGAAUUUCAAGCACAGAUUCAACUACAGACCAGGGAGCUUUUCGAAAGCCUCAAAAAGAAGGGCAGUUAUUGGUAGAUGGGUAACGAUAACAAAUCAGACAUUGAAUAUCUUUUUAAGCAUGGUCAAGUUAAUAAUAAUGCUGUGGAUAAUGUAUGAAACCACACAGACACAUCAAAGAUACAGGCGUCCUUCUGAACUGAGCUGCAGGACAGGAAAGAAACUGCUCAGGGAUGUCACCAUGAGGCCAUUGGUGAUUUUAAAACAGCCACGGAGUUCAAUGGCUGUGAUGGGAGAAAAAUUAGGAUGGAUCAACAACAUUGUACUAACUUCACAAUAAUGACCUACACUUAGAAAAAAGGUUAUAUCUACAACCUUAAAAGGGUUCUUCGGCUAUCGCCAUAGGAUAACCCUUUUUGGUUCCAGGUAGAACCCUUUUGGGUUCAAUGUAGAACCUUUUCCGUAGAGGGUUCUACAUGGAAACAAAAUGGUUCUAUCUGGAACCAAAAAGGCUUCUGUUAUGGGGACAGCCAAAGAACCCUUUUGGAACCCUUUUUUCUGAGUGUAAAUGACAGAAUGAAAAGAACAAUACAAAUAUACAGAAUACAACGCACUAAAGUAAUACUGAAAAAAAAAAACACGGCAAAUGAAUACACUUUUUGGCCUAAAUGCAAAGCCUUAUGGUUGGGGUAAAUCCAACACAACACGUCACUGAGUAACUGCCUUCUUAUUUCCAACCUCCCGAGUGGCGCAGUGGUCUAAGGCACUGCAUCCAGGCUCUGUCGUAGCCGGCCGUGACCGGGAGACCCAUGGGGCGGCGCACAAUUGGCCCAGCGUCGUCCAGGGUAGGGGAGGGAAUGGCCGGAAGGGAUGUUGCUCAGUUGGUAGAGCAUGGCGUUUGCAACGCCAGGGUUGUGGGUUUGAUUCCCACUGUGGGCCAGUAUGAAAAAAAUAAUGUAUGCACUCACAAACUGUACGUCGCUCUGGAUAAGAGCGUCUGCUAAAUGACUAAAAUGUGGUGGCUGCAUCAUGGUAUGGCAGGUUUUCUGCAUAGAAAAGUCUUGGGCGGGCCGCCUAAGUGUUUUUUUUGGGCCGCCUAUGUCCAAACAGUAAAAUCUAAAGAACAUAUUAUUAUUUUUGGAAAUACUUUUCAGAAUUGAAGAACGUUUUCAGUGUAAAGUUAAACGACUAAAACUAGACAUCAAGUACGUAGAAAAGAUAAUGGACUUAUAUAUAUUUUUAUAUAUUUGUUAUAUAAUUUUAAGAUCAUCUAGCUAAAGGCUAGAGCUGCCGCUUUCAAGUUAAUCCGAACGCUUAUAAGACGAACCAUCAAACAGGCAAAGCGUCAAUACAGGACUAAGACUGAAUCCUACUACACCGGCUCUGAUGCUCGUCGAAUGUGGCAGGGUUUGCAAACUAUUACGGACUACAAAGGGAAACCCAGCCGCGAGCUGCCCAGUGACACGAGCCUACCAGACGAGCUAAAUGCCCUUUAUGCUCGCUUCAAGGCAAGCAACACUGAAGCAUGCAUGAGAGCAUCAGCUGUUCCGGACUACUGUGUGAUCACGCUCUUCGUAGUCGAUGUGAGCAAGACCUUUAAACAGGUCAACAUUCACAAGGCCGCAGGGCCAGACGGAUUACCAGGGCGUAUACUCAGAGCAUGCGCGGACCAACUGGCAAGUGUCUUCACUGAUAUUUUCAACCUCUCCCUGACUGAGUCUGUAAUACCUACAUGUUUCAAGCAGACCACCAUAGUCCCUGUGCCCAAGAAUGCGAUGAUAACCUGCCUAAAUGAUUACCGCCCCGUAGCACUCACGUCGGUAGCCAUGAAGUGCAUUAAAAGGCUGGUCAUGGCUCACAUCAACGCCAUCAUCCUGGAAACCCUAGACCCACUCCAUUUCGCAUACCGCCCCAACAGAUCCACAGAUGAUGCAAUCUCAAUCGCACUCCACACUGCCCUUUCCCACCUGGACAAAAGGAACACCUAUGUGAGAAUGCUGUUCAUUGACUCAGCGUUCAACACCGUAGUGCCCACAAAGCUCAUCACUAAGCUAAGGACCCUGGGACUAAACACCUCUCUCUGCAACUGGAUCCUGGACUUCCUGACGGGCCGCCCCCCAGGUGGUAAGGGUAGGCAACAACACAUCUGCCACGCUGAUCCUCAACACCGGGGCCCCUCAGGGGUGCAACCUCUGAGGGGUUGCACCCCUCAGACCUCAACCUCUCCCUCAAUGUGAGCAAAACAAAGGAGAUGAUCGUGGACUACAGGAAAAGGAGGGCUGAACAGGCCCCCAUUAACAUCGACGGGGCUGUAGUGGAGCGGGUCGAGAGUUUCAAGUUCCUUGGUGUCCACAUCACCAACAAACUAUCAUGGUCCAAACACACCAAGACAGUCGUGAAGAGGGCACGACAACACCUUUUCCCCCUCAGGAGACUGAAAAUAUUUAGCAUGGGUCCCCAGAUCCUCAAUAAAUUCUACAGCUGCACCAUCAAGAGCAUCCUGACCGGCUGCAUCACCGCCUGGUAUGGCAACUGCUCGGAAUCCGAUCGUAAGGCGCUACAGAGGGUAGUGCGUACGGCCCAAUACAUCACUGGGGCCCAGCUUCCUAACAUCCAUGACCUAUAUACUUGGCGGUGUUAGAGGAAGGCCCAAUAAAUUGUCAAAGACUCCAGUCACCCAAGUCAUAGACUGUUCUCUGCUACUGCACGGCAAGCGGUACCGGAGCGCCAAGUCUAGGUCCAAAAGGCUCCUUAAUAGCUUCUACCCCCAAACUAUAAGACUGCUGAACAAUUAAUGAAAUGGCCACCCAGACUAUUUACAUUGCCUACAAACCCGCACACUAACGACAACCAAAACAUGAACAAACACACAACACACAGUGUGAGACAGAGGGUUAAAUAGGAAAGACAUAACUACAUGAUGGGAAACAGGUGUGACCAAUUAAGACAAAACAAGUCGAACAUAGAUCGGUAGCAGCUAGUACUCCGGUGACGACGAACGCCGAAGCCUGCCCGAGCAAGGAGGAGGGGCAGCCUCGGCUGAAUCCGUGACAGUACCCCCCCCCUUGACGCGCGGCUCCAGCCAUGCGCCGACCCCGGCCUCGGGGACGGCCAGGAGGACGCGGAGCAGGGCGGGCGGAUGACUCUGGUGGAAAUCCCUCAACAUGGAGGGAUCGAGGAUGUCCCUCCUAGGGACCCAGCACCGUUCCUCCGGACCGUACCCCUCCCACUCCACGAGAUACUGCAGGCCCCCCACCCGACGCCUCGAAUCCAAGAUGGAUCGGACCGAGUACGCCGGAGCCCCCUCAAUGUCCAGUGGGGGCGGAGGAACCUCCCGUACCUCAGACUCCUGGAGUGGACCAGCUACUACCGGCCUGAGGGGUUAAUACGGUAAUUAAUAGGAAGCUGUAACCUAUAACAAACCUCGUUCAAUCUCCUCAGGACUUUAAAUGGCCCCACAAACCGCCGACCCAGCUUCCGGCAGGGCAGGCGAAGGGGCAGGUUUCGGGUCGAGAGCCAGACCCGGUCCACCGGUGCAUACACCGGGGCCUCACUGCGGUGGCGAUCGGCGCUCGCCUUUUGUCGCCUGAUUGCCCGCUGCAGGUGUACAUGAGCAGCGUUCCAGGUCUCUUCCGAGCGCCGAAACCACUCAUCCACCGCAGGAGCCUCGAUCUGGCUCUGAUGCCAAGGUGCCAGGACCGGCUGAUAACCUAACACACACUGGAAAGGCGUAAGGUUAGUAGAUGAGUGGCGGAGUGAGUUUUGGACCAUCUCUGCCCAGGGGAUAUAACCUGACCACUCCCCCUGCUGGUCCUGGCAAUAGGACCUCAGAAACCUACCCACAUCCUGGUUAACGCUCUCCACCUGCCCAUUACUCUCAGGGUGAAAACCUUAUUUUUACAGAAGGCGAGAGCCAAAUCGGCAUAUUCAGGCGGAAUGUGCAUGGUGGGAACCUGGUUUGGACUUUCCACCGUAGUUGCCCCUACGGAAACACCUACACACCUCCCCAAGCACUGACUUGACCAUCCCUUGAGAGCCCUCUGUUGCCAUGAAAUAGUGGGGUCAUGAGAAGUUACCAGGGAAGCCCCAACACAACUGGAAACGCAGGAGAAUCAAUCAGAUAUAGACUAAUUAUUUCCUCAUGCUCCUCCUGUGUCUUCAUCCAGAGUGGCGCUGUGACCUCCCUAAUCAGACCUGACCCUAAAGGGCGACUAUCUAGGGCAUGUAUAGGGAAGGGCACAUCAACUGGCACAAUAGGAAUCCCUAACCUACGGGUAAACUGAUGAUCAAUAAAGUUCCCAUCUGCGCCUGAAUCUACUAGCGCCUUAUGCUAGGAAUGAGAAGAAAACUCUGGAAAUACAACAUUUAUACACAUAUGCGCAACAGGGAGCUCUGGGUGAGUUGGGUGCCUACUCACCUGAAACGGUUCACCAGUGCGCUGCCUACUGCCUCGACUCCUAGAAGGCCCUCCCCAGCACCGACCAGCAGUGUGUCCUCUGCGGCCACAGUUGGUGCAGGGGACGGCCCCUCUACCGGUCUCCCUCAUAGCAGCACCUCCGAGCUCCAUAGGGGUAGGGUCGGAGGUGCUGGGGGAUGGAAUGGACGGCCCCUGAUCCGGACGUCCGCGGGUGGCCAACAGGUUAUCCAGUCGGAUUAACAUAUCCACCAGUUGGUCCAGGUUUAGGUUGGUGUCCCUGCAGGCCAAUUCCCGACGAACGUCCUCCCUUAAGCUGCAACGGUAGUGGUCGAUGAGGGCCCUCUCAUUCCAUCCUGCGCUGGCAGCCAGAGUCCGAAAGUCCAGUGCAAAUUCCUGCACGCUCCUCUUCCCCUGUCUGAGGUGGAAUAGACGCUCACCCGGGAGGGAACAAACCCGCACACUGAUGACAACCAAAACAUGAACAAACACGCACAACACACAGUGUGAGACAGAGGGUUAAAUAGGGAAGACAUAACUACAUGAUGGGAAACAGGUGUGACCAAUUAACACAAAACAAGUCGAACAUAGAUACAUGGAUCGGUAGCAGCUAGUACUCCGGUGACGACGAACGCCGAAGCCUGCCCGAGCAAGGAGGAGGGGCAGCCUCGGCUGAUUCCGUGACAAUAGGGGGUUGUAGAUAUUCAAAUUAAAUCUCUCUGUGUGUGUCUCUCUUUCUCUGUCUGUCAGUAUGUCUAUGGUCUAGCUUUGUCUAUUACUUUUAUAUAUUAUAGGGAUUUUAGGUAUUGUCUAUUUAAUUGGGGGUGCGUUCUGAGGUAGGAGGAGUGAUGUAGGAGGGAGGGAGGGGGGCUAUUAGAGAUAUCGAUCGAGAGAUUAGGUAGAGAUAAGCUUAUUCGUCUUUCUCUCGUUGUCUUCUUAUCUCUCUCUCUCUCUCUCUCUCUCUCUCUCUCUCUCUCUCUCUCUCUCUCUCUCUCUGUCUCUCUCUCUCUCUCUUGCUCUCUCUCUCUCUCUCUCUCUCUCUCUCUCUCUCUCUCUCUCUCUCUCUCUCUCUCUCUCUCUCUCUCUCUCUCUGUCCACCCACUCUCUAAGCUCUAACACACCUGAUUGUGGACAGCAGAUUCCUAUAGCUUAAAGACGACUAUAGUAGUAUUAUACCCAAGGGGAAAAACAGUACAUACAUGCAUAGUUUCUGGGCUAUAAAUAGGAGACCAAGUCAAAGUGCUAUUGUGUACUUAUGUCUCUUUCUCUCUAUAUCUGUGUUCAUCCCUCUCGCACUCUCCCAGGUGUGUUCUUUGUGCCCUACCUGUUGUUUCUGGUGCUGUGUGGUGUUCCUCUCUUCCUGAUGGAGACCUCUCUGGGUCAGUAUACCAGCCUGGGAGGGGUCAGCGCCUGGAGGAGCAUCUGCCCACUGUUCGGAGGUACACACUCACACACACACGCACACUCCUCAAGGUAUACACCCAUGCACAAAUAGGGCUGUUACGGUGACCUUAUUACCGCCACACCGGCGGUCACGAGUCAUGAUGGCAGUCAAAUUCCACGUGACCGUUUAGUCACGGUAAUUAGGCUUCCCAAGCUCUGAUGCUGCUGAUGGUCAUUAGUAGCCUACCAAACUUGCUAUCUGCCUGGUACUCAGCACUCUAUUGUCCCUCUAAUCACUCUGACAUCAAUACAAAUGUAAUCGAAAAUCGAAUCAAACACUUCAUGAGCGCCCAUGGGCUCAUGUUGCGCAACAUUUCUAUAGGCUAUGCAAAUGCCUGAGUGAUGGCCUCUAUUAAAAAGAGUAGGAUCCCAUCAGCUUUCUAAUGGCUAGGCCUACUAUAUUUAUUUCUCAACUUUCCUAAUAUUAAGCACAUUGCUUCUCUUUACAACAGGAGGAUAGCCUACCUGGCUGGCAUGAAAAUAAACCAUGGGAAAAGCAUCCUCCAUUCGCUAUUUAAGUGCAUAGAUGACAUUUCUUUUUUCCCCCUGUUUCAAGACAGGUGCAUGAUAAUGGCCCAUUCUAAAUCAGAACAAAUUUCACACUUAUAUUAUUUAGUAUAUGUAAAGACAAGAUUAAAUCAGGAAUAGUCUGAUUGGUACAAUAUUAUCCUAUCACUUGUGAAUUAUAUACUGUAUUAUCACUUGUGAAUGAUGCCCAGCUUGUGUGCAGUAAGGCAAGAAACAGUGCAUGCAUUUUUUGUGUGACUUUUUCAAAUCAUAGCCCAUAGACCUAUAUGUUUUGAUAAGGUUUGUAUCACAAUUAAAGGGGCCAAAUAACUUCUUAAAAUUAAGCACAUUAAUCCGCUUUACAACGGGUGUAGAGCCUAACUGGCAUACAUACGCAGCGCGUGAGUUUCAAGUUUGAGGAAGAUAAUUUUCACCAUAAAAAUGCAACUUUAUAAUAAAAGUAUUACAUGCAUAAUCGCAUUUGCGGUCACUUUUGAUAAUGGUGUUUUCCAGCUAAUUGAUUGCAUUUUGGAACAUUUGCACUUCUAGCCUUCUGCUGUGUGCGCAUUGCUGCACUUAUAAUGUGAAGAAAUAGACUAGUAGUUUAUCAACAUUUUAAGCUAAACGUUCUGAUCUGUUGCGUCAGCCUCAUUGCCUACUAAAUGUUUUUUGAUGCUAAUGGUUGUAUUAAUUUGGGCUCUAUCUCAUCCCACAACUGUCCCAGACUAUGUUUGGAAUAUUUAUUUCUGGCACAGAAUAGAAUAGGUCAACUUUUCUACUAUGGGGGAUAGUGCUUUUGCUGUUCGUUAGGCCUACUCAUCUUGUUGGCUGACGAAAAGUACAUGUGGACAGUUCUUCCAACAUCUUCAAUAUGCACCUCAGAAUUGGAUAAGGAUGCACGCAGUUGCGUCACCAAUGUGUCUGUCUUCACUUGUAGCCUGUGAGAAAGACCUGAUCAUUGGCUAAUCGUAGUCACCUUUCAGUGGCAAUCACAGGUGGCCGGUGGCACCGUAAUUGGGGAGGACUGGCUGGAACAGUGUAAAUGGAAUGGUAUCGAAUACAUCAAACACAUGGUUUCCAUUGGUUUGAUACCAUUCCAUUGACUCCAUUUCAGUCAUUGGAAGGUUUGCUCUUCUGUUCUAAUCUAUGUGGAAUAUUUUUUUGGCUUGUUAACUUUGCUCUCCUUGGUGGCUUUCUACAGAAACCUUUUAAACCAAAAAACUGAAGUCAGACCCCUACUUAAUGAGAACUGAAUCAUCCCAAAUUUCAUCAGGAUCUUUGUGUCAAAAUACAUUUUUUGAUUUGUCAACACAGUUCCUUCCUGUUCACUUCCUAAGUACUGGGAUGACACACAUGACAAGUCAUCAGUUUACUCAGCUAAGUCUCUAGUUUCAGUGGGGAAAAGUACACUAAAAUCUUUGUGUUUUUGCAAACUUUGAAUAGUCUACAUCUGGCUAACCAAUGAAGUAAUCCAAAAGUAAUCAGAUAUCAUUACUCAUUUUGAAAAUCCAAUGGAUUAUGUUACUCGCACGUACACACACAUAUACACACACGCACCUUUUAUACAUGCCGUACUUGACGAAUACAAUUUGAAUUGAUUUUAAUACAUUGUCAUGCUGACAAUCUGUUAUGCUGACACAUGCCCUGAUUAGAUCGAUGUGUGACCAUUCCCUGGAGUGGACACUUAACUCUUAUAUUUCCCUUAAUGACUUACACACACACACAGGUUCAAAGUCACACACACUCUCACUCAUCUGUGGUGCCAUGUGUUAUUGUUUGUUUUGACAAAACAGUGAGAGGGUUUAGGUUAUGUUUAGUUGGAUUGGAUUGGACAGUUUGAAAUUAAUGAGUUAAAACCAAAUUCUUGAUGAUGAUAUCUACAUCUCUAGAUUGAACCAUAAACUGUUCAGGUGUUGUCACGACUUCCGCCGAGGCUGCCCCCCACUCCUGGUUCGGGCAGGCUUCGGCGUUUGUCGUCACCGGAGUGCUAGCUACUGCCGAUCCCAUUCUCAUCACUCCACUGGUCAUGUCUUGUCAAUCACACACACCUGGUGCUCAUUCCCCGAAUUAGUAUGUGUAUAAGUGUUCCCUCUGUUCCCCUUGUCUUUGUGAGUGAUUGUUUUGUUGUGAGAGCGUGUAGCUCGGUUGAGCUACAUUUCAUUGUGUUUAUGCCAAGGUGGAUGUUUUCCCUUCUAAUAGUUUUGUUUGACGCUUGGGGCAUUUGAUUUAUGCAAACGGAUUAAACUCUGGACUUCGGUAUUUUACCUCCUGCACCUGACUCCUUCUUUCACACCUCGUUACAGGUGUAGCAGAGUUAGCUUGGUGUAACAUAGGUACAGUAGCUUGGUGGAGCAGAGGUAUAGGUAAGCUAAGCUACACCCAACCCUCUCGUUGGAUCAUAUUCUCCAAUAGUCUCCUCGUCUCCCUCAGACAUUUUUAGAAGGAGAUGAGUCUAGGAAAUACUUUUCAGUCUCACCCACUGUAUCCUACUACUCCAACUGCAUUGUCUCAACCAGGCAUAGUCAUUGCGCGUCUCACGAGACACAUGCAUCUCUCAGUGACUUAAUUGGUGGCUCGCGGCAAUAAUCUGAAAGAAUGUGUUUUCCUCAGUCAGCUGAAUACGCCGCUUAGUUCAAAGAACCGUAGUAUUAGUGGCGGUUUCAAGGAAUACAUUUUGGCUCUAGACUUUCAACAUUUUGAGCUAUUACCAUCCCUGAAAGCUAAGACUUUCAGGAACAAGUAUGUAUUCUGUUUCCAUCUAAGACACAAGCUGUGCAGGACUUUUUAGAAGGGAGAGUGUUGAAUCUGCACAGGAUAACUGAGGGAAAUGAAUUGAUUCUCCAUAAACGAUCAUACAUAAGAUUGUUUGAUGAUCAUCCCUGAUGUUUUCCUGAACAUUACAAUACCUUUCUGAUGCAUUUCAAUCAUUCCAAAGACUGCUUCCUUCAGACUGAAAUUUGCCAUUACCUGAUUUGACAUAGCUUCUGCUAGAUAACUUUUAUUGAGAUAAUGGCAAUAAGGUCAAAUUCUAACGAUUCAUCACAUUUGUUUCUGAUACCCCCAAGUGUCCUAAAGUAGAGAAUCAGGUAAUCAAAUAGCUUGAUGGUCCAUGUUAAUAAAUAGGAAUAUAAUGUAUAAAUCCAUUUAAUAUCAUGAAUGAAUCAAUUUGACUUUGUGACCCCCUCCAACCCCCGUUCUCCAAACGCAGAGUGAUUUUGUUUUACAAAAGUGGUUCCCUCUGAAAUAUUAGUGACUAGCACUGGUCUAAACUGUUCAACCUGGGACAUGUUCAUGAGGGAACACCGUAGCAAAACAUUUUACAACUGAAAACAAAAACAUCUCUUAUUAAGUUCAGAUAUUGCCUACCCGUUUUCUCUGUUUUGUGCUGUUCUGUCCCGUUUCGUAACCUGGGUACCAGUCUGUUUGUGCCAUCAUGCCACGCCUUGCCACUCCUUGUCAUGCAAAACAUGUUUGGCAUGACAAGGAGUGGCAUGGUGGCUCAAAUAGACUGGUACCCCGGCUCUCUGCUUGGUGCCUGCUGAACACAACCCGGGUUUGGUACUUCCUACAGGUGCAGCCAGUCAGAUGACUGUAGCUUCUUAGCGAAGCCACCUGGUCGACACACUGUAAAUGUUGUCUAUCUUGUAAACAAGCUGGUGUUAGAACUAUCUGCCUCUGGAUAGCUUUCCGUUUCACGUAAACUUGCCUCUUCCUCCUCCUCCUCCUCUCCCCCUCCUCCAGACAGCUGCUGUUCUCUGUCCAUAUGGCCCACAGCUGCACAGACGCACUCACAUGCUCGUACACAUACACACACACACAUACAAUGCAUUCAGAAAGUAUUCAGACCCCUUCCCUUUUUCCACAUUUUGUUACGUUACAGCCUUAUUCUAAAAUGGAUUAAAUACAUUAUUUUCCUCAUCAAUCUGCACACAAUACCCCAUAAUGACAAAGUGAAAACAGGUUUGUAGAAAUUUUACAAAUGUAUAAAAAAAAAAAAUAUAUAUAUAUAUAUAUAUAUAUACUUUAUUUACAUAAGUAUUCAGACCCUUUGCUAUGAGACUCGAAAUUGAGCUCAGGUGCAUCCUGUUUCCAUUGAUCAUCCUUGAGAUCUUUCUACAAAUUGAUUGGACAUGAUUUGGAAAGGCACACACCUGUCUAUAUAAGAUCCCACAGUUGACAGUGCAUGGCAUAGCAAAAACCAAGCCAUGAGGUCGAAGGAAUUGUCCGUAGAGCUCCGAGAGAGGAUUUUGUCGAAGCACAGAUCUGGGGAAAGGUACCAAAAAAUGUCUGCAGCAUUGAAGGUCCCCAAGAACACAGUGGCCUCCAUCGGCAGGGACUGGGAGACUAGUCAGGAUCGAGGGAAUGAUAAACAGAGCAAAGUACAGAGAGAUCCUUGAUGAAAACCUGCUCCAGAUCGCUCAGGACCUCAGACUGGGGGUGAAGGUUCACCUACCAACAGGACAACAACCAUAAGCACACAGCCAAGACAAUGUAGUAGUGGCUUCUGGACAAGUCUCUGAAUGUCCUUGAGUGGCCCAGCCAGAGCCCGGAAUUGAACCCGAUCGAACAUCUCUGGAGAGACCUGAAAAUAGCUGUGCAGCGACGCUCUCCAUCCAACCUGACAGAGCUUGAGAGGAUCAGCAGAGAAGAAUGGGAGAAACUCCCCAAAUACAGGUAUGCCAAGCUUGUAGCGUCAUACCCAAGAAGACUCUAAUCGCUUCAACAAAGUACUGAGGAAAGGGUCUAAAUACAUUUACAGUUUAGCAGACGCUCUUAUCCAGAGCGACUUACAGUUAGUGAGUGCAUACAUUAUUUUUUCAUACUGGCCCCCCGUGGGAAUCAAACCCACAUCCCUGGCAUUGCAAACACCAUGCUCUACCAACUUAGCUACAUCCCUGCCAGCCAUUCCCUCCCCUACCCUGGGCCAAUUGUGCACCGCCCCAUGGGUCUCCCGGUCACGUCCGGCUACAACAGAUCCUGGAUUCAAACCAGGAUCUCUAGUGGCACAGCUAGCACUGCGAUGCAGUGCCUUAGACCACUGCGCCACUCGGGAGACACCUGUAAAUGUGAUAUUUCUGUUUUUUAUUUUUAAUACAUUUGCAAAACUUUCCAAAAACCUGUUUUUGCUUUGUCGUUCACACAACUCGCUGUAAACACACCUGCUGACUUUCCAAAUGCACUGUACACGCUCGUACAGACACACACAGAGCCCAGAUCAGUCAGCAGGUGUGUUUACAGCGAGUUGUGUGAAGGCCAACAGACUCAUGUGUUAGCAGAUGGACAAACAGAUGGGCUCCCGAGUGGCGCAGUGGUCUAAGGCACUGCAUCUCAGUGCUAGAGGCGUCACUACAGACCCUGGUUCGAUUCCAGGCUGUAUCACAAUCCGUCCGUGAUUGGGAGUCCCAUAGGGCAGCGCGCAAUUGGCCCAACGUUGUCCGGGUUUGGCUGUCAUUGUAAAUAAGAAUUUGUUCUUAACUGACUUGCCUAGUUAAACAAAACAAACACAUCUGUGUUUUGGUACAUGUAGUACUAGCUACUAGUAGACGUGUGUGUUCGUGUUUGUGUGUCUGUCUGUGCAUGUGUGUGUGCUCUUUAGUGUGUCCUAAGUUUUAAGGGUGAAAUCCUAUCUUGAAAGCUAUGCAUGCAUGUAACUCAAAUGUAUGUCCACAUUUACUGUACCCUUGUUAAUCUAUGAUUUAGUAACGACCACUCAAUGUGAUUGGUUAAAUUCACGAAAUAGCACAGCAAAUGCACACUAACUGUUCUAUUUGAAUUAUAACUGUGUAUCCAUGAGAAUGUAUGUAUUUUUUCCUGUGCCUGCGUGUGUGUUGUCUGUGUGCCUCUGCCUGUGUUUGAGUGUGUGGGUGUGUAACUGCCGUUAUUAAUGCAAUAAAGGUCUGACAAAGUUUUAGACACUUUUGGUACUUUUGUAUCCAUGAGUGUCCAUGUGACUUUUGAAAUGUUUUAGUCCUUCUUGAAUGUAUUGUUUUAUUCAUGUAUUGAACCUUUAUUUAACCAGGUUAGUUUCAAGAGAGACCUGGACCUGGAAUGUGAUUUUUAGAUUUAAAUAAAGUAUUUGAAAUGUGUUUCCACAGGUCUGGGCUUUGCCAGUCAGGUGAUGAUCCUCCAUGGGUGUGUGUACUACAUUGUGGUCCUGGCAUGGGCUCUCUUCUACCUGGGCCACAGCUUCCAGUCAGAGCUGCCCUGGGCCCACUGCAACAACACCUGGAACACAGGUACACCAUGCACUGAUACCCUUUUCACACUACUGAGUCAAGCUGAGCCAAGCUGUACUUGGCUGGCCUGGUUACGCAUCCAAAAUAGUUGCUGGAACCUUACUGGAAGUUGGGGAUGUUGAUGGGUUAUCUUAUUUUCAAAGAGGUCAUGUCAAAUAGGCCUACAUAUGUCAACUACUGUCAAAUAUUUGAAAGCAUUGGAGGUGUACUUGAUUAGGUUGGAGUUUGCAUUUUUGGGACUAUUCCAAUGGUUCCAUUGUACUGGAAAAACUAAAUCAAGUGCAGCUCAAUUAGCCGGUCCAAGGAUUUGAAAGUAUUUGACCUACAGGAGCCUAUGUACCUAUUUGACCCAGGUUUUUUUUGGCAGUUGCUAUUAAACCACUUUUUUUUUCCUUUGGAAGAGAAAGAGGUAUGUGAUGUGAUGGUAUGUUAUGGAUUAUGAGUUGAGUUGAGCUAAGUUUAGUUUAGUUGAGUUAAGGUGAUCAUGUGUUGAAGUUCUGUCUAUGUCUUGUAGAUGCCUGUGUGUUGUUUGACUGUCAGAACCUAACCUCUGGGACCAGCCUACCAGAGAAUGCUACCUCACCUGUCAUCGAGUUCUGGGAGUGAGUCUCAGCCACAUUCCUUACAACACUACUGCAUUUUGUUUUCUUAAAAAUUAAGGUAAAGGGGCUUAAUAUGCAGCUGUGGGCUGGCAUUUUAAAAUGUGAGGUAUUAACAAUGGUGUGUUCGUGAAUAGCCAAAGUACAUAUUAGGGGACAUAGAGAAGAUUGGAGAGGAGAAGGACAUUGCAGACGAGGUAGGGUCCCAUUUCCAACAGGGGUUUGGUUUUAGGGGUUCAGCUUUACCAAGAGUAGAGUGAUCAUAAUCUACCUGUGGCAUUACAGUGGCUCUAAUCAGGCUCAUGCUUAGUCUUGUAUGUAUUGGGGUUAUUAUUUGCUGUGUGUGUGUGUGUGUGUGUGUGUUUGUGUCCAGGCGGGAGGUCUUGCAGUUGUCCAGUGGACCAGAUGUGCUGGGGCCAGUCAGCUGGAGGCUGGCUCUGUGUCUGCUGCUAGUCUGGGUCGUCUGCUACUUCUGUGUGUGGAAGGGGGUCAAAUCCACUGGCAAGGUGAGCACAAAUACACAUACGUACAGUGGGGUCUGAAAUUAUUGACACCCUUGACAGAGAUUAGCAAAAAAUACUGUAUAAAAUAAAUAAUUCAAAUACUGACCUAUAUUGUAUGACAUUUUUACUUAGAGAAAGAUAUUUUGUUUACCAAUUAAUAUAUUUGGUCCUCAAAAAGGUAGGGUUCAAAAUGAUUGACACCCCUGUUUUCAAUACCUUUCAAUACCUCACCUUGUUUUUUGAGAUUGGAGGACACAUUGGGAGUAAUCUUAGACCAUUCCUCCAUAUGGAAUCUUUCCAGAUCCUUGAUAUCCUUCGUCUGCGCUUAUGGACUGCCGUCUUCCAUUCAAACCACAGGUUUUCAAUGGUGUUCAAGUCCGGAAACUGAGAUGGCCAUUGCAAAAUGUUAAUUUUGUGGUCAAUUAACCAUUUCUUUGUGGAUUUUGAUGUGUGCUUGAGGUUAUUGUCUUGCUGGAAGAUCCACUUGUGGCCAAGUUUCAUCCUCCUGGAAAGAUUCUGUAUGGAGGAAUGGUCUAAGAUCACUCUCAAUGUGUUCUCCAAUCUUACUAAUAUAAAAUAUUAGUUGUUAAAAAAUAUAUAUUUCUCUGAGCAAUUGUAUUAGUAUAGAAUAAUAUCAUUUUCCAAUUUAUUGAACAUACAAUAUAGCUCAGUGUUUGAAUUAUUUAUUUUAUACAGUCAUUUUUGCUAAUCUUCAUCAAGGGUGUCAAUAAUUUCACUGUACAUACAUGCAUACAUACACACACAUACAGCACCAGUCAAAAGUUUGGACACACGUACUCAUUCAAGGGUUUUUCUUAAUUUAUUUACUAUUUUCUACAUUGUAGAAUAAUAGUGAAGACAUCAAAACUAUGAAAUAACACAUAUGGAAUCAUGUAGUAACCAAAUAAGUGUUAAACAAAUCAAAAUAUAUUUUAUAUUUGAGAUUCUUCAAAUAGCCACCCUUUGCCUUGAUGACAGCUUUGCACACUCUUGGCAUGCUCUCAACCAGCUUCACCUGGAAUGCUUUUCCAACAGUCUUGAAGGAGUUUCCACAUAUGCUGAGCACUUGUUGGCUGCUUUUCCUUCACUCUGCCGUCCGACUCAUCCCAAACCAUCUCAAUUGGGUUGAGGUCGGGGGAUUGUGGAGGCCAGGUCAUCUGAUGCAGCACUCCAUCACUCUCCUUCUUGGUAAAAUAGUCCUUACACAGCCUGGGGGUGUGUUGGGUCAUUGUCCUGAUGAAAAACAAAUGAUAGUCCCACUAAGCCCAAACCAGAUGGGAUGGCGUAUCGCUGCAGAAUGCUGUAGUAGCCAUGCUGGUUAAGUGUGCCUUGAAUUCUAAAUAAAUCACAGACAGUGUUACCAGCAAAGCACCCCCACACCAUAUCACCUCCUCCUCCAUGCUUUACGGUGGGAAAUACACAUGCAGAGAUCAUCCGUUCACCCACACCGCGUUUCACAAAGACACGGCGGUUGGAACCAAAAAUCUCCAAUUUGGACUCCAGACCAUAGGACAAAUUUCCACCAGUCUAAUGUCCAUUGCUCGUGUUUCUUGGCCCAAGCAAGUCUCUUCUUCUUAUUGGUGUCCUUUAGUAGUGGUUUCUUUGCAGCAAUUCGACCAUGAAGGCCUGAUUCACGCAGUCUCCUCUGAACAGUUGAUGUUGAGAUGUGUCUCUUACUUGAACUCUGUGAAGCAUUUAUUUGGGCUGCAAUCUGAGGUGCAGUUAACUCUAAUGAACGUAUCCUCUGCAGCAGAGGUAACUCUGGGUGUUCCUUUCCUGUGGCGGUCCUCAUGAGAGCCAGUUUCAUCAUAGCGCUUGAUGGUUUUUGUGACUGCACUUGCAGAAACUUUCAUAGUUCUUGACAUUUUCCUGAUUGACUGACCUUCAUGUCUUAAAGUAAUGAUGGACUGUCGUUUCUCUUUGCUUAUUUGAGAUAUUCUUGCCAUAAUAUGGACUUGGUCUUUUACCAAAUAGGGCUAUCUUCUGUAUACCCCCCUACCUUGUCACAAAACAACUGAUUGGCUCAAAGAAGGAAAUAGAUUCCACAAAUUAACACCUCUUAAUUGAAAUGCAUUCCAAGUGACUACCUCAUGAAGCUGGUUGAGAGAAUGCCAAUAUUGUGCAAAGCUAUCAGCAAGGAAAGGGUGGCUAUUUGAAGAAUCUCAAAUAUAAAUUAUAUUUUGAUUUGUUUAACACUUUUUUGGUUACUACAUGAUUCCAUAUGUGUUAUUUCAUAGUUUGAUGUCUUCACUAUUAUUCUACAAUGUAAAAAAUAGUCAAAAUAAAGGAAAACCCUUGAAUGAGUAGGUGUGUCCAAACUUUUGACUGGUAGUUUAUAUACAGUUGAAGUCAGAAGUUUACAUACACCUUAGCCAAAUACAUUUACUCAGUUUUUCACAAUUCCUGACAUUUAAUCCUAGUAAAAGUUCCCUGUCUUAGGUCAGUUAGGAUCACCACUUUAUUUUAAGAAUGUGAAAUGUCAGGAUAAUAGUAGAGAAUUAUUUCUUUCAGCUUUGAUUUCUUUCAUCACAUUCCCAGUGGGUCAGACGUUUACAUACACUCAAUUAGUAUUUGGUAGCAUUGCCUUUACAUUGUUUAACUUGGGUCAAACGUUUCGGGUAGUCUUCCACAAGCUUCCCACAAUAAGUUGGGUGAAUUUUGGCCCAUUCCUCCUGACAGAGCUGGUAUAACUGAGUCAGGUUUGUAGGCCUCCUUGCUCACACACGCUUUUUCAGUUCUGCCCACACAUUUUCUAUAGGAUUGAGGUCAGGGCUUUGUGAUGGCCACUCCAAUACCUUGACUUUGUUGUCCUUAAGCCAUUUUGCCACAACUUUGGAAGUAUGCUUGGGGUCAUUGUCCAUUUGGAAGACCCAUUUGCGACCAAGCUUUAACUUCCUGACUGAUGUCUUGAGAUGUUGCUUCAAUAUAUCCACAUAACUUUGUCCUUCCUCAUGAUGCCAUCUAUUUUGUGAAGUGCACCAGUCCCUCCUGCAGCAAAGCACCCCCACAGCAUGAUGCUGCCACCCCCGUGCUUCACGGUUGGGAUGGUGUUCUCCGGCUUGCAAGCUCCCCCUUUUUCCUCCGAACAUAACAAUGGUCAUUAUGGCCAAACAGUUCUAUUUUUGUUUCAUCAGACCAGAGGACAUUUCUCCAAAAUGUACGAUCUUUGUCCCCAUGUGCAGUUGCAAACCGUAGUCUGGCUUUUUUAUGGCGGUUUUGGAGCAGUGGCUUCUUCCUUGCUGAGCGGCCUUUCAGGUUAUGUCGAUAUAGGACUCGUUUUACUGUGGAUAUAGAUACUUUUGUACCUGUUUCCUCCAGCAUCUUCACUAGGUCCUUUGCUGUUGUUCUGGGAUUGAUUUGCACUUUUCGCACCAAAGUACGUUCAUCUCUAGGAGACAGAACGCGUUUCCUUCCUGAGCGGUAUGACGGCUGCGUGGUCCCAUGGUGUUUAUACUUACGUACUAUUGUUUGUACAGAUGAAUGUGGUACCUUCAGGCGUUUGGAAAUUGCUCCCAAGUAUGAACCAGACUUGUGGAGGUCUACAUUUUCUUUUCUGAGGUCUUGGCUGAUUUCUUUUGAUUUUCCCAUGAUGUCAAGCGAAGAGGCACUGAGUUUGAAGGUAGGCCUUGAAAUACAUCCACAGGUACACCUCCAAUUGACUCCAAUGAUGUCAAUUAGCCUAUCAGAAGCUUCUAAAGCCAUGACAUCAUUUUCUGGAAUUUUCCAAGCUGUUUAAAGGCACAGUCAACUUAGUGAAUGUAAAUUUCUGACCCACUGGAAUUGUGAUACAGUGAAUUAUAAGUCAAAUAAUCUGUCUGUAAAAAAUUGUUGGAAAAAUGACUUGUCAUGCACAAAGUAGAUGUCCUAACCGACUUGCCAAAACUAUAGUUUGUUAACAAGAAAUUUGUGGAGUGGUUGAAAAACAAGUUUUUUAAUGACUCCAACCUAAGUGUAUGUAAACUUCCGACUUCAACUGUGUGUGUGUGUGUAUAUAUAUAUAUAUAUAUAUAUAUAUAUAUAUAUACAGUGGGGAAAAAAAGUAUUUAGUCAGCCACCAAUUGUGCAAGUUCUCCUACUUAAAAAGAUGAGAGAGGCCUGUAAUUUUCAUCAUAGGUACACGUCAACUAUGACAGACAAAUUGAGAAAAAAAAAUCCAGAAAAUCACAUUGUAGGAUUUUUUAUGAAUUUAUUUGCAAAUUAUGGUGGAAAAUAAGUAUUUGGUCACCUAGAAACAAGCAAGAUUUCUGGCUCUCACAGACCUGUAACUUCUUCUUUAAGAGGCUCCUCUGUCCUCCACUCGUUACCUGUAUUAAUGGCACCUGUUUGAACUUGUUAUCAGUAUAAAAGACACCUGUCCACAACCUCAAACAGUCACACUCCAAACUCCACUAUGGCCAAGACCAAAGAGCUGUCAAAGGACACCAGAAACAAAAUUGUAGACCUGCACCAGGCUGGGAAGACUGAAUCUGCAAUAGGUAAGCAGCUUGGUUUGAAGAAAUCAACUGUGGGAGCAAUUAUUAGGAAAUGGAAGACAUACAAGACCACUGAUAAUCUCCCUCGAUCUGGGGCUCCACGCAAGAUCUCACCCCGUGGGGUCAAAAUGAUCACAAGAACGGGGAGCAAAAAUCCCAGAACCACACAGGGGGACCUAGUGAAUGACCUGCAGAGAGCUGGGACCAAAGUAACAAAGCCUACCAUCAGUAACACACUACGCCGCCAGGGACUCAAAUCCUGCAGUGCAAGACGUGUCCCCCUGCUUAAGCCAGUACAUGUCCAGGCCCGUCUGAAGUUUGCUAGAGUGCAUUUGGAUGAUCCAGAAGAGGAUUGGGAGAAUGUCAUAUGGUCAGAUGAAACCAAAAUAUAACUUUUUAGUAAAAACUCAACUCGUCUUGUUUGGAGGACAAAGAAUGCUGAGUUGCAUCCAAAGAACACCAUACCUACUGUGAAGCAUGGGGGUGGAAACAUCAUGCUUUGGGGCUGUUUUUCUGCAAAGGGACCAGGACGACUGAUCCGUGUAAAGGAAAGAAUGAAUGGGGCCAUGUAUCGUGAGAUUUUGAGUGAAAACCUCCUUCCAUCAGCAAGGGCAUUGAAGAUGAAACGUGGCUGGGUCUUUCAGCAUGACAAUGAUCCCAAACACACCGCCCGGGCAACGAAGGAGUGGCUUCGUAAGAAGCAUUUCAAGGUCCUGGAGUGGCCUAGCCAGUCUCCAGAUCUCAACCCCAUAGAAAAUCUUUGGAGGGAGUUGAAAGUCCGUGUUGCCCAGCGACAGCCCCAAAACAUCACUGCUCUAGAGGAGAUCUGCAUGGAGGAAUGGGCCAAAAUACCAGCAACAGUGUGUGAAAACCUUGUGAAGACUUACAGAAAACGUUUGACCUGUGUCAUUGCCAACAAAGGGUAUAUAACAAAGCAUUGACAAAACUUUUGUUAUUGACCAAAUACUUAUUUUCCACCAUAAUUUGCAAACAUAUUCAUAAAAAAUCCUACAAUGUGAUUUUCUGGAUUUAUUUUUCUAAUUUUGUCUGUCAUAGUUGACGUGUACCUAUGAUGAAAAUUACAGGCCUCUCUCAUCUUUUUAAGUGGGAGAACUUGCACAAUUGGUGGCUGACUAAAUACUUUUUUUCCCCACUGUAUAUAUAUACACACACACACACACAUACAUCUCCCACACCAACCCUCAAACACACCCCUGAGCAAUUCCAGACUCAGAUACCACACAUAGAAAUACUUUUUCAGAAACCACCUCAAGAAAACACUCACCAAUGAGCUUAACCAAAAACCAUCACACACAACACCCAUUCUGGCUUAUUCCUAUGGUUUUCAUGCACUCCUUCUAAUCAGGGACUGAUUCAGACCUGGGACACCAGGUGAGUGCAAUUAACUACCAGGUAGAAACAUAAAAGUGUUUCAGCCCUCCAGGACCGGAAUUGAACAGCCCUGCUAUAGACCUACAGUAAUCCUACCUCCUAUGCUAUGGGAGUACUGUACAUGAAGGAUUCCACUUAACCCUUCAUGGCCAAUGGAUUUGAAAUGUACAGUAUAUAUAUGUGGUUGACAUAGAAGGUAUCAUAGCUGUACAGUUAAAUAUGUGAUUGAUAUAGAAUCUAGAUUUUAGAAGGUAUCAUGCCAUUUUCGGUUGGAUUUGAGAUGUACAGUACAAGAUAUGAUUGAUCUAGAAGCUAUCCUACUGUUGUUCCAGGUGGUCUACCUUACCGCCACGUUCCCUUACGUGAUGCUGGCCAUCCUGCUGGUACGUGGUAUCACCCUGCCUGGUGCUGCCCAGGGCAUCGUCUACUACCUCAAUCCCAACAUCACCCGCCUGGCAGACCCACAG